AGCCUAACAGGACUCAUCGACAAGAACAAUCAUGAAGUGUUUGAUCCUCAUUGCCGCUGUAAUCGCGAUCGCUUCGGCUUCGCCGGAACGCGAACGUCGGUCCUUAGGUUGGGGAUUAGGAGUCCUUGGUUUAGGCCAUGGUGUUGCACUUGCCCCAGCUGCUGCCGUUGUUGCACCGGCUGCACCAUCGGUAGCAGUACUAGGUCCUUCAGCUGGUUCUGCAGCCGUAGUUGGUCCUUCUGCUGGAUCCGCUGCUGUCGUUGGACCUUCAGCGGGUUCUGCUGCUGUAGUGGGACCUUCUGCUGGUUCCGCAGCUGUCGUUGGACCCUCCGCAGGCUCCGCUGCUGUCGUCGGACCAGCUCAUGGGUCCGCCGUUGUAUCUGGACCAUCUGGAGCAAUUGUCGCUCCUGGUGCACUAGCUCAUGGCAUUUGGUAAAAGAAAAAGCCUCUAUUCUACUCUCGGUUGGUUUCUACGAUUUCAACGAUUUUCCGCCUCGUCUUACGUUGAUAUGAGUUUUGAAGAAGAUUCGUCUCAGCUCGAGACUUCUCCUGAACUUUCUACUCUUGGCUUUGUCUUUGCGGAAGGACGCGCUUGAGAUCAUGGAAACACGACUACGAGUUUUAACCUUAAGCAAUUAAACGCUAUCCUCUCGAGCGAAACUUAUAACGAUCCCCUUCAACGACUUAUUAGGUCUAUUAUUAUCAUACCUCGCUCAAUGACUCGCAAGAAUAAUGCUCCUAGCAACUCUUUGAGCAUCUCUUAUUUUUUCUUAUUCCACAUUGCGUCUAUUCUUAUUGAAAUAAAAGAACCUCCGCACAAUA